UGGCGGAGACCGACAGGAGAGGAACGGAGGAAAGAACAUCCAGGUAUAAUCCCGGUUUAACGGCUAUUACUGUGUCGGAAGUCUCGUUCUCAUCGGCGUGGUUUUUGUUCAGUCUACUCUGUAUUUUACCGAACCGGGAUCUAAACGUUAUCGGAGUUUAUUGUCGGAUUAUUAUGCUUUGGAUAUUAUCUCAUAACUAAGUGAUGGAACUGAGGAGAUCCAGAGGCUCCCCUGUGAACUACACAUCCCAGCAGGCAACAUGAAGAAGGAUGUCCUGGUCGACCUGACAAAAAGAAGAGUCAGUCCAAUCGGACCUCACACCAUGAUUCCCCAUAGCAACCUCUUUGGACUGUAACUGAUUAAAAACGGUUGAACUUUGACCCAACGGAAGGAGGAACAGUUUUGUUCUCUUCUCUCCUCCCUUCUUCAGGAGGAAAGACAGCUGAAAUUCAACUCACUGUCCAUAGCUACUCAGCGAUUGGAUAGUUGACUCAUGUGCAUGUCUACAACUGUUACUAACCUACGACUCUUAUCCCAACUACUCAUUGUGAAAAGACACCUUUUGUACUUGCAGUAAUUAACAUCUCUGAGUGUACUUGUGUAUACGACUGUGGAUGGUCCCUCUAGAAUUGGAUAUUAACUCAAAAACUUUUAAACCAAACCCAAUUCAAUGCUAUCCAAGCAUUCAGGAAUAUAAACUCCUCUUCCCCUUCCUCCUCCUCCUCCUCCUCCCCUUCCUCUUCCUCCUACUGCUCUUCCUCAACCUCCUCCUCCUUGUUGACCAUGGAUGUUCUGGGCUUGGCUGCGAGGCUACAACUGAUGCUCUUGGCACUCCUGGGUGUAUGUCUGAGCCUGGAGUUCACCGGGGCCCCCGGCCAGUGGGCCCGCUACCUCCGCUGGGAUGCCAGCACGCGCAGCGACCUCAGCUUCCAGUUCAAAACGGACGUGUCCACGGCGCUGCUACUGUACUUCGACGACGGCGGCUACUGCGACUUCCUGCAGCUGAUGGUGGUGGAAGGCAAGUUGCAGCUGCGCUUCAGCAUUGACUGCGCCGAUAUCGCCGUGGUGUCCGACAAGAGAGUUAAUGACAGCAGCUGGCACUUUGCCACUCUGAGCCGCUAUGGCCUGCGGACGGUACUGGGGCUGGAUGGCCAGGUCAAGGCGGACGAGGUGCGGCCCACCGGAGGUAGCCGCCAGCACAUGAAGAUAAUCAGUGACCUGUUCCUGGGCGGUGUGCCACUGGAUAUCCGCACCUCGGCGCUCACGCUGCCCACAGCGUGCAACGCCCCGCCCUUCAGAGGCACUAUCAUGGAUCUGAAGUACGGGAACACAGAACCGGUUCUCCUCAGCAGCCUCAGGGUCCGUCUGGAGUCAGACCAGCGCUGUACAGAGAACCCGUGUGAGAACGGCGGGAGCUGCUCCGUGGUGGAUGGGGAACCCGUGUGUGACUGUUCCAAAACGGAAUACAAGGGCUGUUUCUGCAAUGAAGAGGUCAACGACAAUAUUCCAGGAUUUUCACAUAUGAUGAUGGCGGAGCAAGCUAAAAGCAAAGCGCGGGAGGAGAAUGUGGCCACGUUCCGCGGCUCUGAGUACUUCUGCUACGACCUGUCCCAGAACCCUAUCCAGUCCUCCAGCGACGAGAUCACACUCUCCUUCAAGACGUGGCAGCGCAAUGGCCUGAUCCUCCACACGGGGAAGUCUGCUGACUAUGUCAACCUGGCCCUGAAGGACGGAGCCGUGUCCCUGGUCAUCAACCUGGGCUCCGGGGCCUUCGAGGCCAUCGUGGAGCCUGUCAACGGGAAGUUCAAUGACAAUGCCUGGCACGAAGUCAAGGUCACACGUAACCUCAGACAGGUGACGUUAUCGGUUGACGGUAUCCUGACGACCACAGGCUACACCCAGGAGGACUACACCAUGCUGGGGUCCGAUGACUUCUUCUACGUGGGUGGAAGCCCCAGUACCGCCGACCUGCCUGGAUCUCCUGUCAGCAACAACUUCAUGGGCUGCCUCAAAGAGGUGGUCUACAAGAAUAACGACAUCCGUCUGGAGCUCUCCCGUCUGGCGCAUAUCGUGGACCCCAAGAUGAAGAUCCAGGGGGAUGUGAUGUUUAAGUGUGAGAACGUGGCCACGCUGGACCCUAUCUCCUUCGAGACCCCCGAGGCCUACAUAAGCCUGCCCAAGUGGAACACCAAGAGAAUGGGUUCCUUGUCCUUUGACUUCAGGACCUCAGAACCCAACGGCCUCAUCCUGUUCACCCACGGUAAGCCUCAGGAGCGCAAGGAGGCCCAACGCAGCCAGAAGAACACCAAGGUGGACUUCUUUGCGGUAGAACUGCUGGAUGGCAGUCUGUACCUGCUGUUGGACAUGGGCUCAGGGACCAUCAAGGUCAAAGCCACCCAGAACAAGGUCAAUGAUGGAGCCUGGUACCACGUGGACAUACAGAGGGACGGACGCUCAGGCACCAUCUCAGUCAACAGCCGGCGCACUCCGUUCAUGGCCAGCGGAGAGAGUGAGAUCCUGGACCUGGAUGGGGACAUGUACCUAGGUGGUCUACCCUCAGACCGCGCCAACCUCAUCCUGCCCACCGAGCUGUGGACCGCCAUGCUCAACUACGGCUACGUUGGCUGCGUGCGCGACCUCUUCAUCGACGGACGCAGCAAGGACAUCCGACAGAUCGCUGAGGCCCAGAACGGGGCCGGCAUCAAGCCGUCGUGCAACAAAGUGGUGGGGAAACAGUGUGAGAGCUACCCGUGUAAGAACAGGGGCGUCUGCAAGGAGGGAUGGAACCGGUUUAUCUGUGAUUGUACCGGCACGGGGUACUGGUCACGUACCUGUGAGAGAGAGGCGUCCAUCUUGAGUUAUGACGGCAGUAUGUACAUGAAGGUGGUGAUGCCCCAGGUGAUGCACACAGAGGCGGAGGACGUGUCUCUGCGUUUCAUGUCCCAGCGGGCCUACGGCCUGCUCAUGGCCACCACCUCGCGAGACUCGGCCGACACACUGCGUCUAGAGCUGGACGGGGGCCGGGUCAAGCUCACGGUCAACCUAGACUGUGUCAGGAUAAACUGUACUUCCAGCAAGGGACCCGAGACCCUGUAUGCUGGGCAAAAACUCAAUGAUAAUGAGUGGCAUACGGUGCGCGUGGUCCGCAGGGGCAAAACCUACAAGCUCACGGUGGAUGAUGAUGUAGCAGAAGGCCAGAUGGCAGGUGACCACACCCGUCUGGAGUUCCACAACAUCGAGACGGGCAUCAUGACGGAGAGACGCUUCAUCUCGGCCAUCCCCUCUAGCUUCAUUGGACACCUACAGAGUCUCAGGUUCAACGGUAUGCUGUAUAUAGAUCUCUGUAAGAACGGAGACAUCGACUUCUGUGAGCUCAACGCCCGCUUUGGCAUGCGCUCCAUCAUCGCUGACCCUGUGACCUUCAAGUCUAAGAGCAGCUACCUGAGCCUGGCCACCCUGCAGGCCUACACCACCAUGCACCUGUUCUUCCAGUUCAAGACCACCUCGCCUGACGGAUUCAUAAUGUUCAACAGUGGAGACGGCAGCGACUUCAUCGCUGUGGAGAUGGUUAAAGGGUACAUCCACUAUGUGUUUGAUCUUGGCAAUGGGCCCAACGUCAUCAAGGGCAACAGCGACCGGGCUCUACAUGACAACCAGUGGCACAAUGUGGUCAUCACUCGUGACAACAGCAACAUUCACACUCUGAAGGUGGACGCCAAGGCAACCAGUCAGGUGGUCAACGGAGCCAAGAACCUUGACCUGAAAGGUGACCUGUUUAUUGCUGGGCUGGGCCCUGGUAUGUACAGUAUCCUGCCCAAGCUGGUGGCAUCCAGGGACGGUUUCCAGGGCUGCCUGGCCUCAGUGGACCUCAACGGCCGCCUCCCUGACCUCCUCCAGGACGCGCUUUUCCGCAGUGGGCAGAUUGAGCGCGGAUGCGAAGGUCCUAGCACCACCUGUCAGGAGGACUCAUGUACCAACAUGGGCGUCUGUAUCCAGCAGUGGGAGAACUACACCUGUGACUGCUCCAUGACCUCCUUCACCGGCACGCGGUGCAAUGAUCCUGGGACCACCUAUAUAUUUGGGAAAGGAGGAGGCCUCAUCACGUUCAAGUGGCCAGCCAACGAGAGGCCCAGCACGCGUACAGACAGGCUGACCGUAGGGUUUAGUACCUCCCUAAAGGACGGCAUCCUGGUCCGGAUAGACAGCGCUCCGGGUCUUGGAGACUAUCUCAUGCUCCACAUCGAACAAGGGAAGAUUGGUGUGACGUUUAACAUCGGCACAAUGGACAUCAGCGUGAGAGAGAAUAGCACACCAGUGAAUGACGGGCUGUACCAUGUGGUACGCUUUACCAGAAACGGGGGUAACGCCACACUCCAGGUGGACAACUGGUCUAUCAAUGAACACUUCCCAGGAGCGACGACCGAUAAUGAACGUCUUGAAAUUGCCACUAAGAAAUUCCCGUUGAAAUACGCCCGGCCAGUAGUGGAUUGGCUACAGGAGAAAGGCCGGCAGCUUACCAUAUUCAACACCCAGGCCUUGGUGACCAUCGGUGGCAGCGACCGCAGUCGGCCCUUCCAGGGACAGCUGUCCGGCCUCUACUACAAUGGCCUGAAGGUCCUCAACAUGGCCGCCGAGGGCAACUCCAACAUCAAAAUCAACGGCAGCAUCCGGUUGGUGGGUGACACGCCCUCCGUGGCCGGGUCGGCCCGCACCACCGCCCAGCCGCCCGAGUUAUCAACCACCUUUAUUGAGACCACCACCACCAUGUCCACAACCACCACCCGCAAGCACCGCUCCUCUCCCACCAUACAGCAGACGACAGAUGACAUGGUGUCUUCGGCAGAGUGUUCCAGUGAUGACGAGGACCUGGAGGAGUGUGACUCUGGCCGUGCAGAUAAGACCUUGUCCACGUCGGCUUUUGAAGGUGGCUACAAAGCUCACCAGCCCAAGUGGGAAACCAAGGACUUUAGACCUAAGAAACCAUCCUCAGACCGCGGUAGGACUACCACUACCACCAUGCUGUCACUAGCACCCGACCAGAGCCGCUACACCUCCACCGCAGCCCUGCACCACGCGUCACCCGCCAAGCUGCCUGCCGGCAAACUGAAUAACCGCGAGCUAAAACCCCAGCCUGACAUAGUGUUGCUCCCGUUGCCCACACUACCCUAUGAGGUAGACAGUACCAAGCAGAGGGCUCCUGUAAUAACCUCCCCCAUGUUCCAUACUGUACCCACAGCCCUGCCCACCCAGCCCGUCAUCAACCGAGUCCCGGGACCCCCGGAAGUGUCCCGCCAGUCUAGCAGCACCAUCGGGAUGGUCGUCGGGAUAGUGGCGGCCGCCGCCCUGUGCAUCGUCAUCCUCCUGUAUGCCAUGUAUAAGUACAGGAACAGAGACGAGGGUUCCUACCAGGUGGACGAGAGCAGGAAUUACAUAACCAACUCGGCAACGCAGAGCAACGGAGCCGUCGUGAAGGACAAACAGCAAAGCUCGAAAGGCGUCAAAGGAAAACAGAAAAACAAGGACAAGGAGUAUUACGUUUGAGUGACGGACGUUGAGAGAUGAAAAGAGAGAGGAAGAGAAAGACAGGUAUAGAGAAAUAUAGAACUGUGUUUAACAGUUACCUUCUAAGGAGCUGCGAUGACAAAAUAUGGUUAAAAACUAGAACCGUUACUUGAUGCUGUGUAGAGUGGUUGAACUAUGACAUGUGUUGUAAUAUCAAGAAGACUUACUAUUGUAAGCAUACAGAGAAGGCUAAUAGCAUCUUUAGAGACCUUCCUGUUCUGUCGGGUCGUGUACAACUACUUCACAGCGACUGCAUCAUCAUCCUAAGGGACUUUUAGAACUAUGUGAUCCUUGGCGUAAAAAUAAUUUUUUUUGUUUGUUUUUGUAAACCUGUACAAAAUGAAAGAUGUUCAUUAAUCUUGACCGUCUUCAGCAUGUAAGCAACAUGUAGUGCUUUAACAAGAGUGGGUCAGGAGAAAAAGGAUCAUUGUAAAGUCAAUGAAAAAAAAAUGGACUACUGCUGUUAAAAGAUAUUGUACUUUUUUUAUUGUAUGUAUGGUUUCGACAUUAUAAAAGUGUGGUGUCUACGCAACAACAACAAAAAACAUCUACUACUCUAUGUAUCAAAUGACACCAAGUGAGCUCAAAUGGCUGAGGAAAGAUCUCUUAGGAUCUCUUCAGAUCUCAGAGCUCUAUUGUCUGUCCUCUGAUCUCAACAUGAUUACUCUCAUUGUGUGACAGAUAGACAGAGUGACACUGACGUGUGAUCCUGGUGAGAAGUGGUUGCUUGUUCUUGUCUCGGUUAAAAGCAACUGAUUGUAAUGCAUGUAAUCCAUUCUACCAAAACUGUACAGUACAGUACAAUAUACCACUAGAGAACAAUAUACCACGACAGUACAGUACAUACCAGUACAGUAUAUUGUACAGUACAGUACAAUAUAUAAACUUUGCUAAACUUUAUACUUCGUCAUCAUCAUGACCCCACAACUCUUGAUUUUAUUCCCUAAAAACGUCAACAAUGAAAAUAUGAGUAUCCCUCAAGAUAAAAAGGUCUGUUGGUUUGCAGUCGUGCUGGUUGUGUCUUUUGCAGGCCUCUGUGUGUUGGUUAAUCACCUCUUGUUCUAUUUUCUAUGGAGCUGUCCCAUCGAGGACAGAAUGCAGUACUAUAACACUGUUAAAGAUGUCUAUACAGAAAUAAAUCUAACGUGAAUAGUGUGAAUUCUAUCUGUCACAGUCAAAACUGUGUCAAACAAACACAUUUGUUUAAAUAUUUUAUUACAUUAUAGCCGUUGUACUUAGUAGGUACUAGCUAUUGUACAUACCAUCUAAGUUGUAAUUUUUUUGUAAUUAUAUUGUACAGACUGAUCAUAUGGUUUAUCAGUGUAUUUCAUGAAGAAACAUCUAUAACUGUUAACUGACGUGAAGAAAGACUUUGAAGCAUUGAGAAUACACAUUUAGUAAAGAAAGGAGAACACUAUGUUAGGAUAGAGCUCUAAUCGCAGAUGUUUCUAAGUGUCAAUCAAAUACAAAAUGGCCGAUCUUAAUUGUACCAAUGCUUUCUUCUUCUUCUCUGGUUAUUUUAGUGUUAGUUAUAUUUUGAAAAGAUUAAAGAGAAGCUAUAUUAAUCAAAGACUAUAGCUGUUGGAUGAGGAGACGCAGUUCAGACAAUCUCCUGAAACACCGUGUGAUUCUUACCUCCAGGUCUGGACACUAACAUUCAUGACAAAUCAUUUGCUUUUCAUAUUUGUUUUACAUAUUUUUGUUAUGCAGUGCCUUGCAAAAGUAUUCAUACCCCUUGGCAUUUUUCCUAUUUUGUUGCAUUACAACCUGUAAUUUAAAUUGAUUUUUAUUUGGAUUUCAUGUAAUGGACAAACACAAAUAGUCCAAAUUGGUGAAGUUAAAUGAAAAAAAAUCACUUGUUUGAAAAAAAUGUUUUACGGAAAAGUGGUGCGUGCAUACGUCUCCACCCCCUUUGCUAUGAAGCACCUAAAUGCAACAAAUUACCUUCAGAAGUCACAUAAUUAGUUAAAUAAAGUCCACCUGUGUGCAAUCUAAGUGUCACAUGAUCUCAGUAUAUAUACACCUGUUCUGAAAGGCCCCAGAGUCUGCAACACCAUUAAGCAAGGGGCACCACCAAGCAAGCGACACCAUGAAGACCAAGGAGGGACAAAGUUGUGGAGAAGUACAGAUCAGGGUUGGGUUAUAAAAAAAUAUCAAAAACUUUGAACAUCACACAGAGAACCAUUAAAUCCAGUAUUAAAACAUGGAAAGAAUAUGGCACCACAACAAACCUGCCAAGAGAGGGACGCCAACCAAAACUCACGGACCAGGCAAGGAGUGCAUUAAUCAGAGAGGCAACAAAGAGACCAAAGAUAACCCUGAAGGAGCUGCAAAGCUCUACAGCGGAGAUUGGAGUAUCUGUCCAUAGGACCACUUUAAGCUGUACACUCCACAGAAUUGGGCUUUACGGAAGAGUGGCCAGAAAAAAAGCCAUUGCGCAAAAAAUAAAU